AUGUUAACUCAAAAAACAGAAAAUCCUUUCGUAGUGAAAAUUGAAAUUUAUCACAACAUCAGUAAUUUGCAGCAAAUGUAUGGUUUAUUGAAUAAACAUGACGUGUCUGGAAAGAUGAUUCAAUUAGUUUUGAAAAAAUUUGACAUAAAGGGCUUCGUGAAUGUGAAAUGUGUAAAAGCAAAUGUAGAGAAACUUCAAGAAGAAUCGUUUUCGAUCAGCGAAGGUUUUCCAUUGUUUGUGGAUUCAGCAAAUCUCCAGGAAGUUUCUCUAAAUUCAAUAAAUUCUCAAACAGAUUUUUUAUUGCCAUCAAUUGAUAUGCAGAAUUUCUGA